AUUUGAUAUUUGUUAAUGUACCAUAUUAGUUUGAGCUAAUGUAGUCUAUUAUCUAUUAGCUGGAUUCAAGUUAAAUUUGACAUAUUGAUGUGAACAAAGAAAACAAAAACUUGACCAAACUAAGAAUUUUUUUUAGAUAAUAAUUAAAAAAUGGAAUCUCAGAUCGACUCUGUGUAUUUAUAUUCAGUAUCUGUCUAUCACAAACUUCUCACUUUUUUUCUCUCUCUCUCUCUCAACCAAGAACAUGAAGCAAAGCUUGUGCCUGGCAGUUCUCUUCCUCAUUUUAUCAACAAGUUCAUCUGCAAUUCGAAGAGGAAAAGAAGAUCAAGAGAUAAAUCCAUUAGUUUCAGCUACAUCAGUGGAAGAGGACUCAGUUAAUAAAUUGAUGGGGAUGGAAUAUUGUGGAGAAGGAGAUGAAGAAUGUUUGAGGAGAAGGAUGAUGACGGAAUCUCACUUAGACUAUAUUUACACACAGCACCAUAAGCAUUGACAUUAAUUGUUAUCAUUUUGAUUAAUUUGCAUACAUAUAUGUAUGUGUAUGUUUUGCCCCCAAAAAAAAAGUGUAUGUUUUGUGUUGAUGUUACUUAGAUAUAUUUGUAUUGUAUAUGAGUCCUAUGUGACAAAACAGCUCCAAGAAACCAAUAUUUUUGUUUUUAAUUAGAGAAAAAAUGUUGAUUGAAUAAAUCUUUCAAACUUGUUAAGAAUGUGCAAAUACUAGUGUAUCAAACGUA